UCAGAGCAGCGCCUGAGGCACCAUCCCUACGCAGUGCGCGAGCGUUUCCGGACGGAUCUGUAGCAUUCAGCCGCAUGACUCGUUGAGGACCUCUAGUAUGAGAACUUCCAUCUCAGAUCCUUUGAUUUCGUUCAUUCUCAUAUUUAAUCAUUUCCUUUAUUUUUACCAUUCGACCUCAUUGAUUCCUGCGUGUCAUUGUUCUGCUGCUGUCGGCCACAGUUUGUUGCUCACUACCAGCCGCCGCAGCAGAACUGUCUGAAAGGGGAAUAUCUCACCAUUCCACCCCAACAUCACUGUCCUACUCUCUGCUGCAUCUCUGGAUUUUGGCGUGCACUCCUGGACUAUAACGCAGUGGGAUUUACAGCAGACACCGACACCCUUUUCUCGCUGAGGGAUAUAUUAGAGCGAGGUGAAGCCUGCGCUCUGAACGGUGGGAGAAUACAAAGCCGCUGUCCGCUAAAUGAACUACUGGUUUGCGCUUUUGGUUUUUUGGAACAGGUCUCUCUCCUGGAGAUGCACUAGCAGGUCUUUUCGGGGUUUGUGGUCCGUGCGCUCCCCACUGGAUCGGGAUAUAAGGUGAAGACAUUGCCGCGGUCAGCCUUUUCUGGAGCGCUUGUCCUCCGUUCUAUUUUUUUGUGGACAUAUUUGGUGAUUUCAAGGAGGAUCGUGCACCAAGUGGAGGCGCGUAGGCUAACCAUGGGUGACUCGAUGUGGAGAUAUUAUUUUGGAGUUUUAUUUAUUGCUUUCGAAGUGGACUUGUGCCGGGCGCUGAUCCUGGAGUCCAUCUACUGGAACACAACAAAUACCAAAUUUGUGCCAGGCCAAGGCGUGGUAUUGUACCCCCAGAUUGGGGAUAAGUUGGACAUUGUGUGCCCCCGCGUGGACAGUGGGAUGAACGAUGCUGUGGAGUAUUACAAGGUAUACAUGGUGCCUAGGGAGCAGCUGGAGAGAUGCACCAUCACCAAGGCCGACACACCCCUGCUCAACUGCGUCAAGCCCGAUCAGGACGUCAAGUUCACCCUCAAGUUUCAGGAGUUCAGCCCCAACCUUUGGGGCUUGGAGUUCUUCAGGGGCACAGACUAUUACAUCAUCUCUACAUCUAACGGCACCAUGGAGGGCAUUGACAACCAGGAGGGGGGAGUGUGCAAGACCAAGUCCAUGAAGAUAAUCAUGAAAGUGGGACAAAAUCCUUCUGACCCUAUUUCACCCAAAGACAACCCCACUAGGGUACCCUACUCGCCCAAGAACUCAGAUGGCAAGGAGACCUACAACCCCAACGAUGUGCUUGAGAAACCAGGUGUUGCGCCCAGAGAAAGCAAUGACAAUGACAACAGCGGGAAGUCCUCUAGCAUCAUUGCCUCUGAGGUUGCCAUCUUCAUUGGCAUAGCUUCAGGCAGCGUCAUUUUCAUCAUCAUCAUCAUCAUGCUGGUCCUGCUGCUGCUCAAGUACCGGAGGCGGCACCGCAAGCACUCGCCACAGCAUGCGGCCACACUGUCUCUGAGCACGCUGGCCACGCCUAAACGGAGUGGAGGCGGUGGGAACAAUAACGGCUCGGAGCCCAGUGACAUCAUCAUCCCCCUCAGGACUGCUGACAGCGUCUUCUGCCCGCACUAUGAGAAGGUCAGCGGUGACUAUGGCCACCCGGUGUACAUAGUUCAGGAGAUGCCGCCACAGAGCCCAGCCAACAUUUAUUACAAGGUCUGAGGUGGAACUUUUCAAAGCAGGAUACAAACUGGAACAAUCCCAGGCAGAGCAGGUUUUUAGUUUCGGCUGACGCAAUCACUCCCGAUCCUUAUCUUUUUGUCAACACCUCCUCGUCUCCUCCUCGAUGUUUUGUCACCACUUUCUCUAUCAAAGCUCAAUGCUGAUACCUUGUCACUCUGGUUUGGCCCCAAUUGGUGUGGACCGGAUGGAUGGAGGGCUGAAGAGAAGGCUACUGCUGCUGCUCUGUGGAGCUCUUUGGAAAUAGACAGGACGAUCUCUUCUUUCUCUGAUGCUGCUCCCCCUUUUGUUUGUGUGUGUGUGGGAGAGUUGUGGGAUCAGAGUUAGAUGGAUGCGCAGCCUGUUUUUUCUUUGUCUGGGAUGGAACGAAUGGGCAAUUGUAUGAACAAAGGUUUGCUAGCAUGAGAGGAGUGUAGGAAUGUGUGGCUUCACCCUAAGAGAGACUACUCUUUGGAAAAAGAGGGAGAAAGAGACAAAAUAUGAGUGAGGAGAUGCAAAGGAGAAUACGGGCUGACCAUGAACAUACAAAAUGGCCGCCCUCUCCACUACCAGAGAGACUCUGUGAGUUUAUCAGUCGGACAAGGAGGAAGGAGAGAGAUUCUCUUUGACUUUGCUGACGGACUCUGAAAAAUCACCAUUCACUUGCCACCCACAUGAUCACCAUCACACAUUCACCCACAUGCACUGACACACUGUCCCACCAGUCGUAGUGACCUUUUGGGGUCUAAGUGUGGAUUGUACCAUUCCUCCCAGAUGUUUCAACAAAUAACACCUUUCAAAAGAUAUUUGAAGGUCUGAAGGAAGAUUAUUAUUGUUUGUACUGUAAGCAUUUACUGAACUUGUUUUUGGUCUUAUAUGGUUUUCAUAUCCAUGUGUAGUUCAAAUGCAGAUUUGUUCUUUAGUGACAAGUUAAAGCGUGAUGUGAUGUUGAAACACAAGAGUGGCAAGAGCGUGAGCAGGGUUUUUUUGCGCACCCCCGCCAGGGAAUAGGGCGUGUGUCAGCUCUGUCCAGGAGGCUCCUGGAAAGAGUGGAGGACUUUCAUAUGCAUAGAGCUGCACUUUUAACCCUUUUUUGGUACCUCCACUCUUCACAGCAGAUGGAGAGAGACACAGUGAUACCUUGAGAUGUGUGAGCAGCUGAAUCCCGUCAGAUUUACUAGAAAGGGCACGCCUCAACCUCUCUACUACCUGGGGUUUUCAGAUGAGAAAGUAUUGUGGGCAAUAAGAAAUCCAAUUCGCCUUACUGCCAUUUUUCGCAUCAGUUGAAAAACAGACCCGAGAUUUAUUUGAGGUUAGCAAGCAGGCUCAGACAGCUCUAGGUACUGUAAUGUUUACCCCCAAGGGUCCAAUGAUGAAUAAGGGGGCCUUCAGGCCCCAGAAUCAGCAUGGCCGGUGCUGUCCUAUUCUUGUUUUUUUUUUUAAAGCACAGAGACGUUUUUUAGAUUGUCACUGUUUCCUUCUCUCAAUUAGCAUUUCCAUAUUGUGAUUAUUUGAUUUACUUUUUCAUUUUUCACAUAAUUCAUGUACAUCGAAAAAAGGACAUUACGAAGUAGAAAUAAAAGCAGGAUUUAUUUAAGAUAAACACAGAGCACAGGUGUUGUCAGCCCGUAUGGAGAAGAUGAAAAAUAAUAAGAAGUAAUGUUGAUAUAUUAUAUUAGAAGUGCACAUUAUGCAAUCUAAGUUUUCGAUUAUAUCAUAUCUCCCAUAUUUUCAUGAGCUUUCACUUGGGAUCUUGGGAAAGAGGACCGAGGGUGGGGCCCUUUUCUAGUAGACUUUUCUGUCCCAAAAAAGCUCUCAUCAGUGUACACAGGGGCAGAGUAGUUGUGUCUCCCACACUCACUCAGUUUAGCAUCUCCCAAAAGAUCAUUCUCAUGAAGACCCAGUGAACCCAACUCUCCUCAUACACACCUUUCAUGUUCUCUUUUCCAUGUGUGUACACGCUGUUGAAGAAGUCCAUAUUUCCGGGAAUUUACAUCCAUUGAUAUCUUUGGCUUAGGAUCAUAAACAUGAUGUAAGCUGUUCCCAGAGGAUGCAUCAGCCCAUCAUCAUCAUCAUCAUUAGUUCAUAAAGAACUUCAAAAUCUCACCGAAAAGCCAAGCCUUUUAUGAUCUGAGGUUUGUGCCUCUAAGAGGCUACAAAAUCUGCAAAUAUGCAAUUUUUAUUUAUUUUUUUAAUCGAUUCUGAGAAGAAAAAUACCCAAGGAAAGUGUUCUUAACCAAUGUAACAACAAACAAAUGACACAAACUAGCAAAGUAUGUCACACAAGCCUGCAUUAUUUGUAGUGUUAUUUUAACCUUUUUCUGUUUGAACUAUGUGCCGUAGUACAAUGGUAAACUGUGAAAAAUGAAACCAUUAAAAAGCAUAUAUAUAUCAAACCUAGGUGAACAGGCAUUCAAAAAAAGAUGAAAAGAAGACACACAUAAGAAAUGGCUGUUUAGUUUCUCUGUCUGCGGCAGAAUAUGACAAUCUUAUUAGUUUAUUUGAAUCUGACGUCCUUUUCUUAGCUGCCACUCGACUAACGCUCUCCCAACAUUGACCAGGUUUGAUUCAACCUAUUAUGAAAUGUUGUAGCGAUGCUGUGAGAGUCUUAGCCCUGAAGGCUACGAGAAGCGCCUCAGGCUACUGUAAAAUGCCUUGCUCGUAUGGUAAGCCCUUGGUCACUUGACUCAGUAAUUUUGCACCGUACUUCUGUAGGUAAGAAACUGUAAAUACAUUCAUGUUUGUAUUGUAUAUGGAUCCUGGGUUGUUACAAUAGCCUUAUUCACAUUUUUAGGAAAGUUAAUGAAGAAAAAUAGUGCAGAAAAAUGGAAUACACCAGUAAAACAGAGCAUACUACUUUUUUGGUAUAUAGCUUAUGUACAUAUUGACCCAAGAACCCAAUAAAAACAUUUUUUAUAAACUCUUAAAGCCAGAUGUUUUGUAUAAAAUUCGAAUUUUUUGCUAUGUAUUUUAACUAGCGCUCGAGCCCAUGUCCUCCCCCACUCCCUCCCCUUUUGCACUGUUUCCAUGGUAAUUUGGUUUUUAAAAAAAAGAGAAAAGUUGCCAAACUGAUUGCUGCAUAUUUGUGCCAUAAAUGUGUACCAUAAAUAUUUAUUGAAUUAGUUAAUUUCCUUUCUUUUUUGUUCUGUUUAUGAUUUAACUUCAGUCCAGUUUGUAAGUAACACAGUAUUAUAUUUGCAUCCUUUGUUGGUCCACCCCUUGUUUUCUUUAGUCACGUCAUGGUUACCAGGUGUCUGUUGCCCUGUUUUUCCUUUCUUUGCAGUUUGAGAUGACCAGGCGAGGAAAAAAUGGUUUUAACAUUCAACAAUUUAAAACAACUUUAAAGUGAGGAUAGACAUUCCACCAGUGAAUUCCACAAACUGAAAAUGUUUUCAAUAAAAUGUUUUUCCUAUGGA